CGGGCAAGAUGGCGGCGCUGGAGGCAGCGGGGCUGGUCCAGGGGUCGUGCCGCGUCCUGCUCUUCCUCUCUCAGCUCUACGUGCUCUCUGGAAGGGCUUCCUUGAGUUCCCAUUCGCAAGCUCAGCUCUCUCAUCCUCAAGCCCCGCGGCCAGAGGUCGGAGUAGUACCCAGAAGCACUCACGUUCCUGCUUCGAAAGUACCAGAGCCCACGGGGACCCCUCCUUACGUGAACCUGUGCCCCAGUAACGGGCCAUGCGGCCGCUUGCCUCCAGAUUGCGUGAGCUGUAAAGCGAACAACAGCUGCAUCUAUGGAAAGCCAGUCCUUUUGGAAUGUCAGGCCAAACCACGGGUUCACUGCAUUGAAAACCCAUUCCCGGAAACCUUUGCGAUCAACAUGACCUGCCAGUUCUGCUGGCAGCUGCCUCCGUCCGAUUACACGUGCUCCAACGCCACGAACUGCAAGACGGUCUCGUGCCCGCGGGAACGGUACCGAGCCAACUGCACGGUGAAGGAUCACAUCCACUGCCUAGAUUGCUUUGCUUUUGGCAUCACAAAUGGCAAGGGGGCCCCCCGGAUCGAUGCAGCCACUAACUCAUUCCUGCGUUACGUUUUCAGCAUCACCCUCGGUGGCUUCGGAGCGGAUCGUUUCUACUUGGGCCAGUGGCGGGAGGGCCUGGGCAAGCUCUUCAGCUUCGGCGGCUUGGGGAUUUGGACCCUGAUAGACGUGCUGCUCAUCGGGGUCGGUUAUGUGGGUCCCGCCGACGGCUCCCUCUACAUCUGACUCAUCGCCGCAGCAGACAUCGGACGCCGGCCGGCGCUGGGAAAUACACAAACCGGACCUCAAAACGUAGGCCUAGAAGCGCGUGUUCCUUAGGAGCACAUAUAUUUAAUGUACAGUAUCUGUACUUAGUCCGCCUUUAACUUAAGGUAAAAUAAACGGAUGGAUCAUUGAGCUGUGCUUUCCCAGAGUUCGUCUCCGUUGACUUUUCAAAUGCACCUUAUUUUUUUUUUCUAUGAAAAAUGUUUUGAGUUGCAGAAGGACAAGAAGUGACUGAUUCGCACUAGUGGAUGUUGCAAGCCAGUUUCCUAAGCAUGCUUUGGAAGAAUUCCACCACCCCAUCCAUGCAGCCGUUCCAGCAGUGUUUCUAAUCAUAUAAGCUGCAUCUUGCCUUUUAAGUCUUGAUUGUUCUGUGGCGUGAUUGCAAGGAAGGGGGUGCAGAAGCCUUGUGCAUGGAGUUGUGUUGCAUAACUGCUGGGAGUCUUAAUAUCGGCCUGGGUUUGAAGGGAUAGAAAUGCUCAAGGCUUGGAAACGAAAUGUACUAUUAUAAAACUAAGGUAGUUGACCCGGAUGGCCCAGGCUAGUCGAAUUCUGUCAGAUCUCAGAAGCUGAGCA